AUAAACUUGACAUUAGUCGAAAAAAGCAUGGAAGUUACGGCAUUUCAUCAGCUGCGUUUUGUGUAAAAGAAUUGUGAAAAAAGAAAAAAGAUUUUUUGAAAUGAUUUCGUGUAAUUCAUUAAAUUUACGUAUAUUACGUCAAGCAUCAAUUAAAAUUGUUCGCUAUCAAAUUCUCGAGAGCAAUGGAAGCGUCUACAAAUUCUUACAAGUACACAGGCCGUUCGCUGCAUUCAUUUCUUUACGACGCCCGGUUGACGGGAUUGCACCUAUAACACCUAUAACAACGGCGAUAGCAGCGAAACGUAACUUUCAUACUAGUCAUCUUUUAAAUGGCAAAGACUACUAUCAAAUUUUGGGAGUAGCCAAAAAUGCUUCAUCUAAGGAAAUAAAAAAAGCCUACUAUCAACUCGCAAAAAAAUACCAUCCAGAUACGAACAAAAAUGAUCCGGAUGCAAGUCGGAAAUUCCAAGAGGUAUCAGAAGCGUAUGAAGUACUGAGUGACGAUCAAAAACGUCGCGAAUUCGAUACAUAUGGACAAACUGCUGAGGAAAUGGGUCGCAAUGGCGGUGCAGGAUUCGGCGGUCAUGGUCCUCAAGGAUUUUCCCAAAGUUGGCAAUUUAGAUCAACCAUAGAUCCGGAAGAAUUGUUUCGUAAAAUUUUUGGUGAUCAUAAUUUUUCUCCAAACAACUUUGAGGACUUCGCCGAGUCUCAAUUUGGGUUCGGCCGAGCCCAAGAAAUCGUAAUGGAUUUAAGUUUCGCUCAAGCGGCACGUGGUGUUAAUAAGGAUGUAAAUGUUAAUAUUGUUGACACAUGUCCAAAAUGCAAAGGCACAAAAUGCGAGCCUGGCACAAAACCCGGUCGCUGUCAGUAUUGCAAUGGCACUGGAAUGGAAACCAUAUCCACUGGACCUUUUGUUAUGCGAUCUACUUGUCGUUAUUGCCAGGGCACACGUCAGUACGUGAAAUAUCCGUGUGCUGAAUGCGAAGGCAAAGGACAGACAGUGCAGCGCAAAAAAGCAACCGUACCUGUGCCGGCUGGCAUUGAAGAUGGACAAACCGUGCGCAUGCAAGUGGGCAAAAAGGAACUCUUCGUUACUUUUCGUGUAGAGCCAAGUCGGCAUUUCAAACGGAAGGGAGCAGACGUACACUCAAGUGCUACAAUAUCGUUAAGUCAGGCUGUUCUAGGCGGCACUGUGCGAAUAGAAGGCGUAUAUGAAGAUGAGUGGCUGAAUAUUGAACCUGGCACUUCUUCGCAUCACAAGAUAUUAUUGCGCGGAAAAGGUCUUAAGCGUGUUAAUGCCCUUGGACAUGGUGAUCACUAUGUAACAGUUAAAAUUGAAAUGCCCAAACAUCUUAAUAAAGAACAAAAAGAAUUACUUAUUAAAUAUGCUGAACUAGAAACGAACACGCCCGGCUCAAUACAUGGCAUAACUAAACGGAAAGAUGGUAGCAGCAAAUCAACAACAUUUGCCAGCACGGGCAAUGAUAAUUCCACUCAGUUUUCAUCGGCAGAGGAAGUCUUUAAUAAAACCAAAACAAAGCAAGAUGAUGAUGAUUCAAAAGAUAAAGGAUUAUUAUCGAAAUUAAAGUCUAUAUUUAAUUAAAUAGACAGCAAAUCAGCCCAAGAAAACUUAACUUUAAAAAUACCAUGUUAUGUAAAUAUGUUAUAGUUAUUAGAAAUUUUAGUUUUUUUAAAAAAGCUUGUGAA